AUGGAUUUGGAAACCGUCGACAUAAAGUUCAACAAAUAUAUCAUAAUAGCUGUGAGAACUGAAAGUCCAAGUUUUAUUCAGAAACGUUUCAAUUCUCAGACAUCGUCGUUCGGAAUUAUUCUAAUUGCAUUCAUUGUAACCAGCCUUCAUAAAAUCAAUUUGAAAAACUGCCAACUUGUGAAAACGGUGAUUCAAGAACAGGUAUCAAAUGGGAUCUAUUUAUUUUUCAAUAUCUUUUUCUACGCUAAUCUCGAAGAACUAAUCGCUCACAAACGAAAAUACGUUAUUUCUUACAUAGGAUACAUUCUACUAUACUUCAAAUUGGUCACCUUGAUCCUGCAACUCGGAUUGAGUCUUUUAUAUCUGCAAACAAUGCUCGUUGCUUAUGGCAUCAAUGUUUUUAAAUGGUUCGGAAGUAUGGCGGUUGGCAUUGUUUCAUGGACAGUGCCUAUGAUUCUUGUUACCAUCUACGGAGGAAAUUGUCAUUACUACUUUUCUCAACAUAGAUGGUAUAUGAUUUCAAAGAAAAUUGUGUCAUGGCAAAACUCUUCAUAUGAAAAUGGUGAUGUUCAAUCUUGCAAAAACGAUUAUUUCAUUUUCAACUUGCACUUCCAAUUGGCAAUGUAUGCUUUUGCGGUGUUUGUUAACUCCAUUGUCUUCAUUGCAAACAUAUGUACCUAUUAUCGUAAAAUAUUUGGAUUUGCUCACGUUCGAAAUGAUAAACGAGGACUUUUUCGAGUGUCUGCUCAAAUUGCAUCAAAUGCGGCUUUGUUGGCCAUCCAAUUUUCUGUCACUGCUUUCUUGCUGAUGAAUAAUUUUCCCAAAUAUGCUUCGUCUAAGCCACUGUGGUUUCAGUAUUUGACAUCAACUUUUUUCAUGAUUCUCAUCAUUUUAGUAAACUCAGUAUCUGUGAUCUCGUGGAAUCCAAAUUCUCGUUGGUGGCUGAAAAUGAUGAUAAGGAAUUAUAAGCGAAGCAGAAAAGAAUCCCAUCGGAAAUCUGUUGAAAUGACUGUCAUAGCUUAA